GAAUGAAAUGAAAGAAGAAGAGGAGGACACGUCACUGAGGUUAACCAGGAGAAAGAAGAUGGCUAGCUCUGGCACUUUCCGCUUGUUCACCACAGCAGAAAGCUUCUUCAUAGAGCCAUGUGAGGAGGCCUGCUCUGAUGUCCUGCUCAUUGACAGGGUUUCUACUGACAUGUGUCUGACCGUGAGGAGCGCGGUUCCUGUGUCGGCUGAAACCAGGCCAAUAUGUGGAGUUAUGGGAACCAUUCGUUUGCCAGCAGGAAUGUACCUGAUAAUUAUCACAAAGAAGACGAAGGCGGGGGAUCUACUGGGCCAUGAUGUUUGGAAAGCCCAGAGUUUCGACAUCAUUUCUUACAAAAAGACGGUUCUGCACCUGAACGAGGACCAGAUGCAAGACAAUAAAACCUUCCUGUCAAUGAUCAACAGUGUGCUUCAAACUGACGGCUUCUACUUUGCAACAGACUAUGACCUCACUCACACUCUGCAGCGCCUGGCGAACACGAGCCCCGAUUUCCACGACCUGAGUCUCCUGGAGAGGGCAGAUCAGCGUUUUGUUUGGAACGGCCACCUGUUACGAGAUUUUAUGACCCAGCCGGAGCUGCACAAGUUUGUGUUUCCGGUUCUCCACGGCUUCAUUAGCAUUAAAUCCAGCUCCAUCAACGGGAAGAAGUUUGAGUGGAUUAUAAUCUCCAGAAGAAGCUGUUUCAGAGCGGGGGUCCGGUACUACGUCAGAGGUAUUGACUCAGAAGGCCACGCUGCAAACUUUGUAGAAACGGAACAAAUAGUUCAGUACAACAGUUUCAAGGCUUCCUUCGUCCAGACCAGAGGCUCCAUCCCUUUCUACUGGUCUCAAAGGCCUAAUCUGAAGUACAAGCCAAAGCCACAGAUCAGCAAGGCGGUUAACCAUUUAGAUGGAUUCCAGAGGCAUUUUGAUUCUCAAGUCAUUCUCUAUGGAAGACAAGUCAUUUUGAACUUGAUCAACCAGAAAGGUUCAGAAAAACCCUUGGAGUUGGCGUUUGACAAGAUAGUAACCAGCUCGGGUAAUGGGAUGAUCAAGUACAUCGCAUUUGACUUUCAUAAGGAAUGUAGUCGGAUGAGGUGGCACCGCCUUCAAAUCUUGCUGGACGUCGUUUCUGAAACACAGGAGGACUUUGGGUAUUUUCUCGUGGAUGCUGAGGGGAAGGUACAGUUAACCCAGGAGGGUGUAUUCCGGAGCAACUGCAUGGACUGUUUGGACCGUACCAAUGUGAUCCAGUGUCUGCUAGCGCGGCGCGCCCUUCAGUCUCAGCUGCAGAGAAUGGGACUUCUCCAUAAGGACCAGAAAAUUGAAGACCAGGCAGAUUUUGAGAAGAUCUACAAGAAUGCCUGGGCAGACAAUGCUGAUGCUUGUGCCAAGCAGUACGCUGGAACUGGUGCCUUAAAAACAGACUUCACCAGGACGGGAAAGAGAACUGUUCUGGGUGCCAUGAUGGAUGGCUGGAACUCUGCAAUCAGAUAUUACAAGAACAACUUCUCAGAUGGCUUCAGGCAGGACUCCAUAGAUCUGUUCCUGGGGAACUACGCUGUGGAUGAAGCGGACUGGACCACCCCACUGCAGGACCGCAAAGACUGGAAGUUUUUAACUCUGCCCAUCGUCAUGGUUGUAGCUUUUUCUAUGUGCAUCAUCUGUCUGCUGAUGGCUGGCGACACGUGGACUGAGACCUUGGCUUAUGUUUUGUUCUGGGGAACAGCCAGCGUUCUGACGGGAGGCCUCAUCUUGUUUAACGGCCGGGACUUUGUAGACGCUCCCAAGCUGGUCCAGAAAGAGAAGCUGGACUGAAUGUGUGCGUGUGGAAAGCAGCUCGGCCCUGGCGAAGCGAACACGUCGUCCCUCCUCCCCCAUCGGCAUCAGCAGGCCUGGAGCCUUUAUUAGCCAGCGUAGCAGCAAAGGAGGGCGAUGGACCAGAACCAACCCAGGUUCAAACGGCAGAGAACCGGGAGCGGCAGCGCUGAGGCCUGCUGCUAUCCACACGGCACUCGUUAUGGUGGACAGGACUCUGUUCACAGGUUUUAGAAUAAAACCACAACUUGUUGACUGUCUUCAGUUAAGAAGAAUGAUCCUUUGUGUAAAGGACCUUUUUUUCCUCUUUAUGGAUCAUUAAUAUCUGAUGAUCAGACUCCUCUACAUGUAUGUUCAUACUGCUCAUGUUUUAUACUUGCAUUUGUCCAAUAGUUUCAAUAUUGUUCAACCUGGUUGAAAGUCUGGAACAUUAUCUUUUGAAGAUUCUCAGAAAAAGCCUUGAACUCAACACUGUUUCUGACAUUUUGAAUUGAAAAAGGUUCCUGGAUGAGAAGAGAAACGUCUUCAAACUUGGAAACAAAGUCCAGUGGAUCGUUUUUUAAAACUUUUUUGGAAUUAUAUUUUAGUAGAACAGCACUCGGAAGGCAACUAUAGUUCAGUGGGUAAAGCAGCCAUCUGGCAAUCAGAAGGUUGUUGGUUUAAUUCCAUAUUUCUUUCCCAUGUCAGGGGAACAAGAUGGAGAUCUUGGUUUAUUAAAUGUCACAUAUAAUGUGAAAGCAUCAAAAAAUUGCUGUAAAAGCUCAACCAAAACUUUCAGAUUCAUCUCAUCUUAAAGCUGGAAGUAUGUAAUGGCUAAUGUAAUGUAAAGUCAGACAUCUAAAGAAACCAGUCAGUCUAAGAGAUUAAAGUUUAGAACUGAAUGCUGAUCAUUUCUGCAGAGUGGUUGUUUUUCAUGCUGUGUUUGAAUAUAAAAUGUUCCUCUUUUCAAGGAGAUGCAAAAUUUAUUUUCAUUCUGAAAAAAUAAAGACUUUAAUCCUAUUGGGGAAUUAUGAAGGUGUGCUUUGCCCGAUGGCUGGGAGACAUGGCGACUUUGGGAAUUUAGGGAUCCAAGAGCAUUGUGCUGCAAAAAAAUUAGCAAAAGAUUUCUUGAAAUAAGUGCAUUUACCCUUAAUUUGAGUAGGAAAUAAUUACAUCUGCCAAUGGAAUCAGCAUUUAUACCCCUAAAAUGAGAUAACUGCACUUGAAAUGAGAGAAUGCAGUUGUUUUUUUAUUGUUUUAAAUGUAAAUUGUAUUAUUCCAUUUAGGGCUGAACAAUUAAUCGCAUUUUCAAUAUAAUCGCGAUUUUAAAAAAUGCAAUUUUCAAAUCGCGGAUUUGCAAUUUUUGGCUAUGUAACAAUUAGUGAAUCAGACGCGUUCUUUAGGUGUCAGUAAAAUGUUUAAAGUGAAUUUGCCUCCACAUGGAAGGGAAGACAGUUGCAGCAGUGAGAUAAUCUAAUUUUAUUGUUUUAGAGUUUAUAUAUUCAUACAUAGCACUAAGUACCAGUUAAUCAGUUUAAUACAUAGACUGGUUUGUUGGUUGCACUUUGGACUUCAUGUUCAACAAGGACUGAUGUCCAAAUCAGUUAAAAGCUGUUCUCUUGAAUAAUAUUCUGAUUAAUAAAAACAUUAAAAGUUCUUGAUUUAAAUAGUCCUUGUUUACAAUUUUCUUUAUUUAGAGUCCAUUUUUGUUGCUUGUGGUUAUGUAGAGAAAAGUUAAAAUUAAAUUGCAAUUUUGGUUGAAAUAUAUCUUAGGCAGAACGCGAUCAUUAAUUAGGACACAGCGUGUCUUUUAGCACCUAAUCUGCACAGCGAUGAAACAAAUUAAUUUGUUGUUUGUAUAUGUUUAAAAAAGACAUGAUCAAUUAAACUGGGGGGGAAAAUGCAUUAAAUCGCAAUAUAAAGAAAAAAAAUUGCAAUUAGAUUAUUUUCCAAAAUCGUUCAGCCCUAAUUCCAUUGGCAAAGUGUCUCACAUAACUGCUCAAUUUAAGAAAAAUGCACUUCUUUUAGGAACAAAUGACUUGCUUUACAUUUUUUGUUGCAAUGUUGACAGUUUAUUGUCCUCAAAACAGAGCAGCUCAUUGUUUAUGGGGUGGUGUCCAUUCUGCCAUGGUCUGUUACUACUUCAGACUGUUGGACCAAAGGAAGAAAAAAUGCUGUUUGUUUGCGUGUCUCAGCUGGAGCACCGUGUCCCUGUGGUUUCUGGGGCCCAUUCAGCCUCCACAGCUCAUGCUGAACUCUGUCUCUAUUUUCCUCUAAAGCACGUGUGAAUGUUUCCAGUCACAAACGGAUAAUCUCACAGAUUAAUUUCAGGUUUUCUGGGCUGUGCUGAAGGUGACUGAGCCAAAAAA